CCGACUAAAAGUAGUGCCGGCGAACUGGAGCCAGAACAGAACCCGUGUUGAGCCUCGCCGCAACACGGAGGCUCUGGAUCACUCCGGAUCCCAGCAGCUUGGAGAUCGCCGCCCAUUGUCCCAGCCGCAGGACGCAACUCGGAUAUGGCUACCUCCAUUCUUGGGCAGGAAGAGCCUCGGUUUGGAACGACACCUUUAGCGAUGCUGGCCGCAACCUGCAACAAAAUCGGAAACACAAGCCCCCUCAGCACUUUGCCCGACGCCAGCGCCUUCUCCAAGAGCGGAUUUCACCCGUGGAAGAGAUCCACGUCGAGCUGCAACUUGGGCUCGGCCCUGCCCGGCUUCACGGUGGCGACGAGCCGCGCCCCCGCGGGACUAACGCCGACGAGCGGCGCCGGCAGCAGCGCCUUCUGCCUGGCCUCCACUUCCCCGACGUCGGCCGCCUUCUCCAGCGACUACGGCGGCUUGUUCUCCAACGGCGGCAGCGUGUCGAGCCAGGAGUCCGGCCAGUCGGCCUUCAUCUCCAAGGUGCACACGUCCGCCGAGAGCCUGUACCCGCGCGUGGGCAUGGCGCAUCCGUACGAGUCGUGGUACAAGUCGGGCUUCCACUCCACGAUCUCCGGCGAGGUGGCCAACGGCGCGUCCUCCUGGUGGGACGUGCACACCAACCCGGGCUCGUGGCUCGACGUCCAGAACCCCGCGGGCCCCCUCCAGGGCUCCCUGCACUCGGGCACCCCGCAGGCCAUCCACUCCCAGCUGAGCGGCUACAACGCGGAUUUCUCCUCGCUCACCCACUCGGCCUUCAGCUCCACGGGCAUCAGCCCCACCGCGUCUCACCUGCUGAGCACCGGCCAGCACCUGCUGGCCCAGGACGGCUUCAAGACGGUGCUGCCCGCGUACACGGACACCUCCGCGGCGGCCAACGCCAUGAUCUCCGGGGGCGGCUCCUCGCGGUCGUCGCGGAGGUACUCCGGGAGGGCGACGUGCGACUGCCCCAACUGCCAGGAGGCCGAGCGGCUGGGGCCGGCCGGGGCCAGCCUCCGGAGGAAGGGACUGCACAGCUGCCACAUCCCGGGCUGCGGGAAGGUGUACGGCAAGACGUCGCACCUCAAGGCGCACCUCAGGUGGCACACGGGCGAGAGGCCGUUCGUGUGCAACUGGCUCUUCUGCGGAAAGCGCUUCACGCGCUCCGACGAGCUGCAGAGACACCUGAGGACCCACACCGGCGAGAAGCGCUUCGCGUGCCCGGUGUGCAACAAGCGCUUCAUGCGCAGCGACCACCUGAGCAAGCACAUCAAGACGCACACGGCCGGAGGGGGAGGCAAGAAGGGCAGCGACAGCGACACCGACACCAGCAACCUGGAGACCCCCAGGUCUGAGUCCCCGGACCUUAUUUUGGAAGGGGUCAACCCCAGGAUCACGGUUAAGGACCAGUCCCCGCACGACGAGCCCUGAUGGGGGAAAAGGACCCCAGCAUCCGAGCUGCAUCGCACGGGUCUUAUUUAAUAAGGGAAUCAUAUUUCAUGAGGGAACAAUUAAGAUCUCACCACCAGACGCUUCAGCAGUAUUUAAUGGUGAGGAGAAAACUGUUGAACUUGGACAAUGUGAGUUGCAUCCUGUAUAUGACUAACGAUGACGUGUUCAAUUCAUGUUUUUAUUGUUCUUACUGAGCUUGGAUUGUUUUCAUUCGUGUUGCUUACAUCCUGAACGUCAGGGAUCGCGUUUACUUUCCGAUGCACUUUGUAGAUAUUCUAUGUACGUGCACAGCUUCUUCAAACUUUCGUUUUUAUUUUGUAUUUUUUGUUGCUAUCAAAAAAAUAAAUCUAUAUAUAAAUGUU